GUCCGCCCCUCCUAGGUCGACUGUAUGGCCGGCAGAGCCGUCGCAAGCUCGUUCCCGUGAUUGUGAAUGCUGGGCGAGUUCGUCACAGCCACGAUGCGUGGAGGGCCCUCGUCGGGUAGGCGCUCGAAAAGGGCUCUGAAGCUGGGGCGUGGCCAGGUGAACAGGCCUGCGGCCGUCGCAGGGGGUCUACUCGAUGCGCUGCGGUCGCCGAAGCCUGCGCUCUUCAGAUAAGCCUUCGCGCUGCCGGUUGGAAUGGUGAUGCGCCCGACGCACAACAAUUCGGUCGGCUUCACCGCCUUGUACGGAUUGGUCGCGGAGAGGAAUGCGCAACCAGCGAAGCCAGUCAAUGACGUCCUAGAAGAGCCGUGUGCGCGCUCGGGCGUGAGGCCGGUCUUACUAAUCCCUGCAGUAAUAGCGCACUUACUCGUUCGGGGUGCCAUCGACUGCUCUGAGGCCCGAGGCGGGGCGGGGUCACGCACAAGCCACCGGCUCCAUCACCCCAUCGCGACCCAGACUUGCAAUAUCGAGCCUACCCAUCGUCUCCACUGGAUCCUGCAUCGACUGCAAGCUUCUCCAAGACCAGGACAGCGCGAGGCUGGACGUCUUCUUUUUCCCAUGUUUCCAAUAUGUAUAACCUGCAGCGUACCGAAUCCUACAGUGAACGACAGACUGAGUCCAAACAGGAGAAGGCAUCUCAUGCAUUUCGACCCAGUAACAUAGUCAAAUUACCUGGGCUGUAAACAGUUGACAGAAGG